AGUAAACCCCCACCAACGAAAAUGGGGUCUCAUUCAAAGUUGACACCCUACGCUUUUGGAAUUCUCCGCCAUUGGCAGCCCGCCAUUCACACACUCACACACACACACAGAAACACAUUACACAUUGCUGCUCAAUAAAGCCCUAGCUGAGCUGAUUUGAUCCUGAAAGAGACGGAAUAGUAUGGAGGUCAGAGCCAGAGCGCCUGGGAAAAUCAUACUCGCCGGCGAGCACGCCGUCGUUCACGGAUCCACCGCCGUCGCCGCCGCCAUCGAUCUCUACACUUAUGUAUCUCUCCGCUUCCCCACUCCCGAGGAUAACGACGAUGCACUAAAACUCCAGCUCAAGGAUGUGGACUUGGAAUUUUCUUGGCCAGUUGGAAAGCUUAAGGAAGUUCUGCCUGAACUGGGCGGCAAGUCUGCUUCCUCACCUUCAUCAUGUUCAUUAGAGACCGCAAAAGCAAUUGAUGCAUUAGUUGAAGAGCUAAAUUUAGCAGAUGCUAAGAUUGGACUUGCUUCAGGAAUUUCAGCUUUCCUUUGGCUGUAUACAUCAAUUCAUGGUAAUAAGCCAGCUAAAGUUGUUGUCAAUUCUGAGCUACCAUUAGGCUCUGGCUUGGGUUCGUCUGCUGCUCUUUGUGUUGCACUGUCUGCUGCCCUCCUUGCACUAUCUGAUUCUUUGAAACUUGAUUUUAGCCAUCAAGGUUGGCAAACAUUUGGGGACAGUGAACUAGAUCUGGUAAACAAAUGGGCAUUUGAAGGUGAAAAGAUGAUCCAUGGGAGACCAUCUGGGAUAGACAAUACAGUAAGCACCUUCGGAAACAUGAUAAAAUUUAGGUCUGGCGAACUCACACGUAUCAAGACGAAUAUGCCUUUGAAGAUGCUCGUUACUAACACGAAAGUUGGAAGAAAUACAAGAGCAUUGGUAGCUGGUGUGUCAGAAAGGGCAGCGAGGCAUGGUGGUGCCAUGACCUCUGUAUUUAAAGCUGUUGAUUCUAUCAGCAAUGAGGUGGCUGCCAUCAUCCAGUCACCAGUUUCUGAUGAUCUUGCUAUAACUGAGAAAGAGGAAAAACUAGGGGAGCUGAUGGAGAUGAAUCAGGGAUUACUCCAGUGCAUGGGAGUCAGCCACGGUUCUAUCGAGACUGUGAUCAAAACUACGUUAAAAUACAAGCUAGCCACUAAACUAACAGGAGCUGGUGGAGGAGGCUGCGUUCUCACACUGCUACCUACUCUAUUAGCAGGAACGGUGGUUGACAAAGUAAUUGCAGAGCUAGAAGAAAGUGGAUUCCAAUGUUUGAUCGCCGGAAUAGGUGGAAGAGGCAUGGAGAUUAGCUUUAGUGGUUUCUCUUAACAUAGCCCAGAAGCAACACCCAAAUGUAAGAUCUGUACCUCAAUCUUCAAAUAAUAAUUUGCAGAUCAAAUCAUUCUAUCCUUUUUUUUAUCCUCUUGUUUCUGCGUCCGUGCGUAUAGCUUUUUCAUGCUAGCUACUUUUUCUUGUAUGAACUAUUACAUUGUUGUUGCAAUCUAUAUUUUGCAUCUGUACCACUCAAAAGAAUUGUAAGUAAAGAAACCUUUUCAAUUUUUAUCUGUUUGAAUUCUUACAA